CCCCCCGCAUUUCCCUCGGAACUCUCCGCCAAUGAUCCAUCUGGUCCUCUUGGGAUCUGCUGUUUGUUGCUGCUGAAUCGCUCCGUUGUCAUUCGUCGUUAACCGGACACGUCCUACAUAAACAAAGCGGGGUUGCGCUCCUCGUCUGCUCUUUUGUCCCCCCCUUCUCCCCUUCCUAUUCCCCACUCACAUCUGCGCUUUUGUCAUCUUUCAUCUACCAUAUUGUUUGACCUGCAUCAUGGGUGAAUGUCCCUUCAAGAAACCGUCCAAUGCGGCGGGUGGUGGCACCAGAAACACCGACUGGUGGCCCGAUCAGCUGCGGUUGAACAUCCUCCGCCAGCAUAGCGACUUGACCAACCCCCAGACCAAGGACUUUGACUAUGGCGCAGCAUUCAAGUCCCUCGACUACUGGGCCCUCAAGAAGGACCUCCAGGCCUUGAUGACCGACUCUCAGGACUGGUGGCCUGCCGACUUCGGGCACUACGGGGGUCUGUUCGUCCGCAUGGCCUGGCACAGCGCAGGAACGUACCGUGUCUUUGACGGGCGUGGCGGCGGCGGCCAGGGCCAGCAGCGGUUCUCCCCUCUGAACAGCUGGCCCGACAACGGCAACCUGGACAAGGCCCGGCGUCUGCUGUGGCCCAUCAAGCAGAAGUACGGCAACAAGAUCUCCUGGGCCGACCUGCUGCUGCUGUCCGGCAAUGUUGCCCUUGAGUCCAUGGGCUUCAAGACAUUUGGCUUCGCCGGCGGCCGCCCCGACGUCUGGGAGGCCGACGAGUCCGUCUACUGGGGCGGCGAGCGGACCAUGUUCCCCGCCGGCAACGACGUCCGCUACGCGGCCGAGACCCCUGAGGAGCAGGCCCGCCAGGGCAACAUCGCCACCCGCGAGCUCGAGAACCCCCUAGCGGCCUCGCACAUGGGCCUCAUCUACGUGAACCCCGAGGGCCCCAACGGCCAGCCGGACCCGCAGGCUGCCGCCCGCGACAUCCGCAUCACCUUCGGCCGCAUGGCCAUGAACGAUGAGGAGACGGUCGCCCUCAUCGCCGGUGGCCACACCUUCGGCAAGACCCACGGUGCUGGUCCCGGCGACCAGGUCGGGCCCGAGCCGGCCGCCGCGGGCAUCGAAGCGCAGGGGCUGGGCUGGGCCAACGGGUACAAGUCUGGCCGGGGCGCCGACGCCAUCACCAGCGGGCUCGAAGUCACCUGGACGUCGACGCCUACCCGCUGGGGGAUGGGCUUCCUUGACUACCUGUUCCGCUUCGAGUGGGAGCUGACCAAGAGCCCCGCUGGCGCCAACCAGUGGACGGCCAAGGACGCGGGUGAUAUCGUCCCCGACGCCUUCGACCCGAGCAAGAAGCAGAAGCCGCGUAUGCUGACCACGGAUGUGGCCCUGCGUGCCGACCCGGCCUACGAGAAGAUCGCACGGGGCUUCCUGGCCAACCCCGAUCGGUUCGCCGAUGCCUUCGGCCGUGCCUGGUUCAAGCUGCUGCACCGCGACAUGGGACCCCGGUCGCGCUGGCUGGGUCCCGAGGUGCCCUCGGAGACCGUCCUGUGGGAGGACCCCAUCCCAACGCCGAGCCACCCGCCGAUUGACAGCGAGGACAUUGCCGCGCUGAAACGCGAGAUCCUAGCGACGGGUGUCGACCCGGCCGAGUUCAUCCGCACGGCGUGGGCGUCCGCGUCGACCUUCCGUGGCGGCGACAAGCGCGGUGGUGCCAACGGAGCGCGCAUCCGGCUGGCGCCGCAGAACGGUUGGGAGGUCAACCGGCCGGACGCUCUGCGGGCGGUGCUGGCGGCGCUGGAGGGGGUGCAGGCGCGCUUCCACGCGGCGCAGACAGGCAACAAGCGGGUGUCACUCGCGGACCUGAUCGUGCUGGCCGGGUGCGCGGCCGUGGAGCAGGCGUCCGGUACGCCGGUGCCCUUCACUCCAGGGCGCAUGGACGCGCUGCCGGAGCAGACGGACGCCGAGUCGUUCGAGUGGCUGCGGCCGGCGGCGGACGGGUUCCGCAAUUACGGCGCCUCCAACUUGCGUGUGCGAACUGAGCAGGCGCUCGUCGACAAGGCACACCUGCUGACUCUGUCGGCGCCGGAGAUGACGGCGCUGGUGGGCGGGUUGCGGGCGCUGAACGCCAACUGGGACGGCUCGGCGCAAGGUGUGCUCACCCAACGCCCCGGAACCCUGACCAACGACUUCUUUGUCAAUCUGCUGGACAUGGGCACCUUGUGGAAGCCCGUCGACGGGGACCGGUUCGAGGGUGUCGACCGGCAGACGGGGGCGCCGCGCUGGACCGCCAGCCGCGUCGACCUUGCGUUCGGGUCGCAGCCAGAGCUGCGAGCGUUGGCCGAGUUGUACGGCAGCUCGGACGGUCAGACGCUGCUGGUGCGCGACUUUGUGGCUGCGUGGGAUAAGGUGAUGAAUCUGGAUCGGUUUGACGUGGCGGUGUCGCCGGCGGCGGGACGGCCUCGACUGUGA